AUGACUACCAAUUUGCAAUCUCGGUCGGCAUCAGUUUCAAACCUGGGUGACUCCGAAGAGCCAAGCUCAUUUUUGCCCGGUAAGAGUGGCGCCUCAAAGAAUGUUGGGAAUAAUUUAAGAUCGGCAUCGAUUGGAUCAAGCUUUUUCAAUAAAGAUGCUUCCAAUUUUUUCAGUCCUAAGGACGCUGCCAACACAACGUCUAGCUCAAUGGAUGAUGAGUUUAUCAAGGAGGCGAACGAGAAUCCGUCAAACCCUCCAACAUCGAGAGAUUUGGAUAUUGUUGAUGCGUUAGGCACCCUUAACUUAGAUGAAGAUUUUGAAUUGGCAAAUAAAGAUUCCACCACCAUUAAAGAAAAAAAGGAGACACAAACCUCCAAUGAAGCUACCAAACAAAGAGACACUCCUACUUCCAACACUCCAUUCCAACAUGCUCAAUUCUUGUAUGCGGGCAAUGGAAACACUAAAGAUGUGAAUAAUAAUUACCAUCAACAGUUUUAUUCGCAGUACCCAGCACACCAGGGUUCUUUGACUCCAAACUCGUCGAUUGGCGCCUUUGUUCCCUCAGCAUUUGGUCAUGUUAAUACACCUUCUAGUACAUGGAGCAACACAUUUAUUCCUUCAUCUGCACCUCCAUUUGCAUAUGGGAAUAGCAAUGCGACCAGCGCCAAUGCAUUAAAUGUGAAACCAUUUGAACUUCCUGAUGAUGGAAAAUCGAAGGAUACGGCUGCUAAUGGCGAAUCCGUAAUUCCAGGAUUACACCUUCCAUUUACAACUACUCCACCUCCAUUGGAUACUUUUGGAGGGGUUUUGAACUCGCAAAUACCUUUUGGUGCUAAUGUCCCUAUAGGCAUGGAAUAUGGAUUCCAGGAGGGUUAUAAAUUAGCCGAGGGAGGCUCGUCUGAAAGUGAAGUUGAAAGUUCCGUUCCAUCUGAUAGGACCAAGACCUCUUCCAACCCUCAACAAUUCAUGCAAGGGUCCCUUCGUAUGGAUGGUGCACAGACUGCUGCUGUUAGUGACUAUCAAACGAUCGUAGGAAAUGAGAGUUCUCAUAACCACAAUCAAUUUAACAAUUUGCCUGAUAAUAUAAACUUUCCUUUGUUAAAUGUUGGUCAAAUGGUUCCACCCUCAGCUCAACCAGGCACUCCUAACAUGUGGAAUCAAAUUCCAAUGAAUUAUAAUUCGAACAUGAACCAGCAACAACAGCCAUUUGUGAACAACAGGGUCCCACAAAACCACGGUAUUACAAGUCAAGGAGUGAAUGGAGGCCGUUUCAACAACAAUGGUAAUAACAACAAUAACCAUAACCGUCGUAAUCAUUAUAAUUCAAAUGAUGGUAUGAAUGUUCAUCGUAAAAUGCAUAUAAAUAACAAAAGAAAGGGUGAUGAUGCCUCGAAGUAUACAAAUGCAAAAUUAGAAGACUUCACAGGUCAAAUAUACUCGUUGUGCAAGGAUCAACAUGGAUGUCGUUUCUUACAACGUCAGUUAGAUUUAGGCCGCGAAGCUGCAUCUAAUCCAAGUGCCGACUUAGAAAACAACCAGAUAUUAACUAAUGAUAUUGCUGCAACUAUGAUCUUUAAUGAGAUCUACUUGAAGAUUAUUGAGCUAAUGACUGACCCGUUUGGAAAUUAUCUUAUUCAGAAGCUAUUCGAAAAUGUAUCAGCCGACCAGAGGAUUAUUUUAGUCAAAAAUGCUUCUCCAGAAUUCAUUAGGAUUGCUUUAGACCCUCACGGUACCCGUGCAUUGCAGAAGUUGAUUGAAUGUAUUACAACUGAAGAGGAAUCACAAUUGAUUAUAAACUCUUUGUCUCCUCGCAUUGUAGCACUUUCAAGGGAUUUGAACGGUAACCAUGUUGUUCAGAAAUGUUUGCAGAGAUUGAAGCCUGAAGAGAAUCAAUUUAUAUUUGAAACUGCUUCGUUACAUUGUAAUGAAAUUGCAACUCAUAGACAUGGCUGUUGUGUUUUACAAAGGUGUUUAGAUCAUGGUAAUCUUGCCCAGCGUAAGCAAUUAUCAUUGAAAGUUGCAGAAAAUGCCACAAAUUUAUCAUUGGAUCCAUUUGGUAAUUAUGUUGUACAAUAUGUAUUAUCUAGAGGUGACGAUGAAUCGAUUAGAAUAAUUUUAGACCAUAUUAAGAAAAAUGUUGUUUCGUUAUCGUUGCACAAAUUUGGCUCUAAUGUUAUUGAAAAAUCUUUAAGAAUUAAUAAAUUGACUGACAGCUUAAUUGAAGUCUUAUUAUUAAACAAAGACAGAUUUAGUGAGAUGUUAAAUGAUGCAUUUGGUAACUAUGUUCUUCAAACAAGUUUGGACGUGGCUAAUGCUAGAGACUUAGGCAAGUUAUCCCAGGCAUUACAACCGUUAUUACCAAACAUCAAAAACACCCCUCAUGGAAGAAGAAUUAUGAUUAAAAUUCAAAACAUCUUAUAG